AUGUUGAUCGGGAGGUGGGCUAUUUUUGUGUCGAUAGUAACGCUGCCUUUGAUUCCGCGCGCGGCACUAGUUGCAAAGGGUGCAGAAAAUGAGGGCGACUUUAGGGCGUUGUGUGGUUUAAUUAAUUUGGCGAGCAACUCCGAAGACCACGCGGCACUUCUUGCGCGAGUCGAAGACACAGCAGCAAACAUUGGAGCUAUAAGCUUGGCCGUAGAGUAUCAGAGUUUUUCUGAUUUGGAGAGAGCAACUAAAGAUUGGGAAGAAAUAGCGGACGACAGAAAACAUUCUCACGAAACAAAUGAGGGGCACCGGAAAUUUUGGACAGGAGCAAGGAGCAAGCUUGGGGGUCCUGAAAAGGACAAAUAUGCGGUAUGGACCGGGAGUGCCUUGAGUAAAGAAGAUAAGAGAAAGGUAGCAAAUGCCGCAGAACGUGCCGAGGAUUGCAUGAAAGAUAAUGAUGGAUUAUGGAGAAUAUUGAAGGAGACAUCAAUAGAAAAAAAUCUGAUAGAGGCACUCUAUGGGUCCGGACAACAAAAUGGGGAGGUAAUGAGGGGAACAUACGGUCGCAAGGAUGUUUGCGGCCGAGGGAUAUUUGCAGGAAGUUUGGCUGGUUUGGCAUUGAGUAUUGACUUAUUGUGUCUAUGUGGUGCAUCGGGAAGUGCCGUUGAAAGCGACCAGGGUUGCUGCGCGGAAUGCGAAAAAGGGGGCAAUAGCGACACGUGGAUACCCAGUCAGGCUGGAGAAGAAAGAUGGGGAUAUCUCAAACACCAAUGCGAGAAAAUUGGCAGUAAUGCCGAGCUUUCGAGGAAAAGUCUUUCGGACGCAAUGAAUCUGCUUCUCAAGCGGCUUCGGCCCUCGAGUACAAGGGGCAUGGAUUUGACAGUGCUAGGCAAGUUUGAGGGUAAUUUGGCCACAGGUUGUACUGGAAUCAUCAAAACCGGGCAGGGACGCUGCGUGCAAUACAGUGUAAGCAACGUCAAGCGAAAUAAUCCGACCCUACCGUGGCUGGAGAAAAUGAAGGCGGCAGCCGAUGCUAUAGACCAACUAAGCGCCAUCGACGCGAGGUUAAGUGAGUUAGAAGACGAAAUAAUGGCCUUAAACACGAAACACACAAAAAUCAGACCCGGCAGGGGGGGUGGCAGCCCUCACUCAGGAAGCAGAGGUGCGGAGGGUAGAAAUAAAUGGCCGGGCUCACCCAGACUCGAACAAAGCAACGGUAAUAGAGAAGGCAUAUCGGAGUCCGUCGUUGGUGCCGCAGUAAAAAACGACGAAGGAGACGGGGGGGACAGUUCCCCUUUACUUGAAUGCAACGAUUACAAGCGGGAGCAAACAUGUGCCGGCCUAAAAGCGGAAAUGGGAUGUGAGUGGAAUGGAGAUGCAUGCGUGGCCGCGACGCGAAGACGAGCUAUCCGAAGCCGUGUGAACAACCUCCAAACGCCACUGGCGUUAUUUUUACUGUUAUGA